AUGCCGCGCACUCCCAAGUGGAUCCCGUGCGCCUGUGGGUACCACUGGGCCUGGAAACGUCAGGACGGUCGCACCAAAGGCAAGGGAAAAGGAGAGGGAAAGGGUUCUAAAAACCCUCCAGGUGGCAAAGUCGGCGCGGUACUCGCGGGUCUUUGGAAAGACCUACCAGAGGCUGCCCAGAAAGCCUUUCAGGAGGUCGGGUACAGCCCACCUCGGCCGAAAGGGCCACCGCCACCCCCGCCAGGACUGGACCUCCAGUCCCUCCUUAAGGGUAGGAUGACCGAGAAGGAGUACAACGCUGCCAGGGCCGUGGUCUACGCGGGGGCAGGGCUCCACGUCCAGACCCUUUUGGAGGCCGCGGGGAUCCCCCCUCCACCAGAUGAGGACCUCGACCGGCCAGAACCCACGCCCCAAGAAAAGCUGACCAGGUGUGUCAGCGACUUCAAGAAGGCCACCAACCAGAUGAAGAAUCUGGUGGAGAAGAAGGCCAAGCUCCAGGCACGAGCGGACAAGCUCAAGCAGGAGCUGGAAAAGCUCAUUGGGGACGUGGACCAGGUCGACAAGGACAUCAAGGCCAAGGAUGUCGAGAUCCAGGAGACGGCCAAGGCUUUCAAGGAGAUGACGGCGGACUCCACCAGCACCGCCUUCAGCGCCCUGGAGGCGGUCCUUUCGGAGGCCGGCCACGAGCUCAAUGAAGCCACCCGCGCCAAGAUGAAGGCUGCCCUGGUCGGGAAGGAGGACCUCCCUCCGGACCCCUUCAUUGUGAGUUUCAGAGGGCAUGAUGAGUACUUCCCUCGGGAGAUGCCCCCCAUGCAGAUUUUGCAAGGGCAGCCGCCCCAUCAGGGAGUCCUCACGCCAACGUGUUCGGACAACCAGAGAGGCCUCCGCCCCAAGCGGUACCUUGGAGGUGCUGCCAAGGGGCCGGUGCUGUGUUUGGCCAAGGCCCUUGACAUCAGCCCGUCUCGCGGGGCAAAUCCAGUUCAGGCCCUUGCUGCAGGGCUUGCGGAUGAGCUUCGGACGAACAACGACUGGAGUAAGUCCGAACCCCAGGCUCUAGCCCUCGCUGAGGCCCUGGAAGGAGCUGACGAGGCCAGCUUGGGCUACCGGGUCUCCUACGAGAUUCUCGAGGCCAUGCAAGGCCAAUCGUGGCUGGACCCCAUCACCGCCGCGGCUUUCCUGGACGACCUCACGCGGCCCAAGGGCACAAGCGAUGCCAAGAGCCCGUUGUGUUUGUUAGUGCCAACAUCACAACGUGGACUUCGGAUAUUCUCAAAUGGCACCAGCCGCAAAAAGGGCCCCUUCUCAUCCAGGAGCUGCACCUGGGAGAUGAAGGUGCCAAAAAUCUGCGCAUCGAGGCUCUCGCCAGAGGGUACCAUACUUUCCUCCCCCCGGUUGAGGGCCCCAGACCCACAAAAGGGGGACUGGCCACACUUGUGCCCAUCCACCAACAGGGCCGUUUCAGAGGAGGGUACCUCUCUGACGAAGGGAUCGGUUUCUUGA